UAGUACACCCAACGACUGUUCUUGCAAUUGGCCCUAAAUACUAAAUUUUCACUUAUAUUUGUCUAUGAAUAUUUGAUGUGACUUUGUUCGUGAUAAUAUUUCAAUAUAAUAAGAACAGGUAUGUGGUGGCGGCCUGGCACCUGCACUCAGUAGCGGCUUGGCACUUAUCCUGACCUGCUCGUAAAGACACACAUCUUGGGAAGGAUUUAGCUACAGGUGUUGACAGGGAGGACUCACAGCACCAUGAUGGCAGGGAGGGUGAUGUUAAUGGUGAUGGUGGUGAUAGUGGUUAUGUCGUGGAUGGUGUUCCCAGUGAGAGCAGAACAUCCCUCCGUCCUGCUGGUAGAGAGUACAGUGUUCGGCAACAUGAUACUGGCACCUGGCAAGAUGAUCUCUGAGGACAACGACAUUUAUGACACCGUGAAUGUUACACCACCAAGUAUCUGCAGUUGUCGCACGGCGUGUUGGUCAUCCAGGCGGUGUGUGUCGGCGGUGGUGUUGGAGACUGAAGAUGGUGCCAACAACACGGUACAGUGCCACCUGUCAGAGAAAGUGCCCAUGGACUCUACCUUCACUGACAACCCAAAUGCCACCUACAUCUUCUGGCAAGAGUCUGUCCAGUCGGUAAUGUACGAGAUGUUAGAGGAUAACCUCUUGUACUUGGUGCUGCCCCAGGCCAGUAGUCUCAUAGCUGCCAAGAGUGACUGUGAGAAGAUCCCCGGUCAUCGCCUCGCACUGCUCAAGACCGAUAACCAUUUCCAGGCUGUGAAGAAGAGGAUGUCUGGGCUAGACAUGACGCUCAGGAUUGACCUACUCAAGUUUCAAAACGGAGAUGAAGUUUGGGGCGACGGAACACCAUUCUCACUAUCACAGAUCAUUGAAACGGGAGAAACAAGCAUGGUUUCUCUAUACUUUGUUCCCGUCAUACUGAAUAGCAACCUCAACUUCCAGAUAUACAAUUUCCAGGACGCUUUGUACCCACUGUGUCAGGCUAACCCAUUUGGCCAGGACUGGUAGUUAGCUAGUUCACAUUCCUCUGAGUCUGAUAUAGUGGUAGCCUGAUGACCACCACUAUGUUGUCUGUGAUUCACGUCUCCUCAACUAUAAUCUAUUGUCUCUGUAUAUUAGCUUAUAACACGCCCAUAUAUCAGUGGUAUAGAUUGCCUCUAUAAUAUACCCACAAUAUAAUGCUAUAUAUGAUAGUCUAUAUUAUUCACAUUUUGGGGACUUAUUUUAUCCCAUGUUAACUUCUGCCUCCAAUAGUUGCCUUCAAUAUAAAUGAAUUAUCCAUAAAAUCUCUAAAUAUUGCCAUAUAUUUUAUUUUAAAAUAUAAAGUUUGUCCAGACUCUGUAAGAUGUUGUGUUAUGUUGUCAAGUUGUUCGGUGAGUGACGUAUAAAUAUUAUUAACCUAC